UAGGCGGAGUUUGUUUCCAGGAAGUGAGUAGCGUGACUCUACGGGCCUCACAUUGUCGCUAAGCGCUAACCUAACUUUUUGCUUGUCACCUCACAGCUAGCGUUUUAUUCUUCCCUUCUGUAAACCACCAAUAUGGGUGACGACGAAGAAAAGUAUGACGGCAUGUUGCUCGUUAUGGCGCAACAACACGAAGGAGGAGUCCAAGAGUUAGUAAACACAUUUUUCAGCUUCCUCCGCCGGAAAACUGAUUUCUUCACGGGUGGAGACAGUGAUGGAGGAGCUGCAAGUGCUGCAGAGAAGCUCGUCAAUGAUGCUUUUGCCCACCACAAUAAGCUAGCACAGAAGGUCCACAAAGAGCAGCAAAUGAAACGGGAGAAGGAGAUGAAAGAGAAAGCUGAAAGAGCCGCCAAGUUAGCAGAGGAAGAGAGAAAAAAGAACAAAAAGGAUGACGGCCCCAGAAUUCAGGAACUGACCGAUGAAGAAGCAGAGAAACUUCAGUCUGAACUUGACAAGAAGAAGAAUGAAGAGGAGAAAAAGGUUAAUGCAACAACAAACGUAGAAAAGUCAUCUGACAAAGCAGAAAAAGAGAAGGGGUCUGACUCAGAGGGAGAGGAGGAUGAGAAGGACAAAGAUAAACUGAAGCCUAAUGCGGAGAACGGAGCUGACCUGCCAAACUACAAGUGGACACAGAGUCUGUCUGAAGUUGACCUGACAGUGCCUUUCGACGUCAAGUUCCGCAUUAAGGGGAGAGAUGUAGUGGUGGACAUCCAGCGACGCUCCAUCAAGGUCGGCCUCAAGGGACAGCCUCCUGUCAUCGACGGCCAGCUUUACAACGAGGUGAAGGUAGAAGAAAGCUCCUGGCUCAUCGACGAUGGCAAGGUUGUUACUGUCCACUUGGAAAAGAUUAAUAAAAUGGAGUGGUGGAGCAAGAUUGUUACCACAGAUCCAGAAAUUAACACCAAGAAAGUCUGUCCAGAGAACUCAAAGCUGUCAGACCUGGACGGAGAGACGCGUGGGAUGGUAGAGAAGAUGAUGUAUGACCAAAGGCAGAAAUCAAUGGGCCUGCCUACGUCUGAAGAGCAGAAGAAACAAGACAUUCUUAAAAAGUUCAUGGCUCAGCACCCAGAGAUGGACUUCUCUAAAGCCAAAUUCAGCUGAGACCCGCUAUUGUCAGCUUCCGUCAGAGUCCGCGUCAUGUUUAACAUCUACCAUAUCAGAGCCAACUUCAGGCACCAACCGGAUUCAUCUCUACUCUCCAUACUGGACAUGGUUUGGUGGAUUAACAUGUCUUACAUGAAUAGGUUCAUGUUUUGUUUUGUUUUUUCAUAAUGGUAACAAGGUUGAUGACUGUAAUGAGUGUAGCCAUUUGUCUCCCUUUGCAUGUCGUGUCAAUAUUUAAAGAUGUGUCUGGAAUUUUUAAUAAACAAGUUUAAAAUCAAA